CGCUAGUCUCCGAUCGCUUCCGGCCGCGCAGGCGUCCUGGGAUGCGAGCCGGAUUUGGUGGUCGCCAGGCAUUUUGUGAAAGAAGGAAGAUCCCGUCUGCUGCGUGGAGAAUGGACUGGAACAUGGAGAGACCAUGCAGGGAUCGGCUGUAGAAGGCCGGUAUCUCCAGAGGCCAGAAGACACCACCAGAUCUCCUGGGACCGGAGUUAUAGAGGUUGAGAGCUGCCAUGUUGGACCAAGCAGGUCACUGAGGGUCACAGGCAUGUGGAUGGAGGCCCUGCUGGGAGAAAAAAGAAACAGCUGAAGGGACUGACAUGGGACAGCAACAUGGAACCAGGAAUGGUCUCACGCACAGAGAGCUCCCCCGGGGCGUGGGGCUGCUGCUCGCCAUGGCCCUUAUGAACGUGGUGCUCUACCUCUGCCUCGAUCAGCUCUUCAUCUCCCCUGGACGAUCCACCGCGGACUCUAGGCGCUGUCCUCCGGGAUACUUCAGAAUGGGGCGGAUGAGAAACUGCUCGCGCUGGUUGUCCUGUGAGGAGCUGAGGACCGAAGUCAGGCAGCUGAAGCGCGUUGGGGAGGGAGCCGUGAAGAAAGUCUUUCUGUCUGAAUGGAAGGAACACAAAGUCGCUCUCUCCCGGCUCACCAGACUGGAGAUGAAGGAGGACUUCCUGCAUGGCCUGCAGAUGCUGAAGUCUCUGCAGAGUGAGCACGUGGUCACGCUGGUGGGCUACUGUGAGGAAGACGGCACCCUUCUCACCGAAUAUCACCCCCUAGGUGCCUUGAGCAACCUGGAAGAAACACUCAACCUUUCAAAGUACCGAUACCUGAGCACUUGGCAGCACAGGCUGCAGCUGGCCAUGGAGUACGUCAGCGUCAUUAACUACCUGCACCACAGCCCCCUGGGCACGAGGGUCAUGUGUGACUCGAACGACCUGCCCAAAACACUGUCCCAGUACCUGCUGACGAGUAACUUCAGCAUUGUGGCAAACGACCUGGACGCGCUGCCCCUGGUGGACCACGACUCCGGGAUACUUGUAAAGUGUGGCCACAGAGAGCUCCACGGGGAUUUCGUGGCUCCGGAGCAGCUGUGGCCCCACGGAGAAGACACGCCCUUCCAAGACGAUCUCAUGCCUUCCUACGAUGAGAAGAUUGACAUCUGGAAGAUUCCAGAUGUCUCCAGUUUCCUCUUGGGGCACGUGGAAGGGAGUGAUAUGGUUAGAUUCCAUUUGUUUGAUAUCCAUAAGGCGUGCAAGAGCCAGAACCCGGCAGAAAGACCUACCGCUCAGAACGUGCUAGACGCUUACCAGAGGGUUUUCCACUCACUCCGAGACACUGUGAUGUCGCAGACGAAAGAAAUGCUAUAAGAAUGACGGCUGAAUGGCAUCCCAGCUGUUCUGCUCUUGGUGAUGGAGGAGCUUCGGAUGGCUGGAUGUUGACCCUGGCUGUCCAGCCACUUAGGCCCUCCUUUACGUCUGCCUGCACGUUUGAGUGUUCUGCUCGACUGGCAGCUUCCGUUCUGAAAGCCUGGCUUCAGGAUGCUUCCUGGUGAAGAUGCAGAGGCUUCUGGUUCUGCACAGUUUAAAGGAAGUGAUCAAAUGGUGACCUUGAAGACAUAUUGCCUGCCCUGGUAACUGUUUUUUUUUUAUAGACUAGUAGGAAACAGAAAUCUUUCAGUGACCAUUUGUAAGGGGGAAAAAAAAAAAAAAAAAAAACCAACCCACUAGUUCCUCAGAGACAAUUUCUUUUCAUUCAGAAAGCUCUGUUGGAAGCUGGGGAUGUUUUAACUCCGUGGCAAGGCACUUGCCCAGUUGUGUGCAAAGCCCUGGAUCUGACCCAUGGCAUGUGCACACACACAAAUGCUCAAAGAAAAUCCUAGAUGUCAGAAGUGUGCCCCCCUUUCUUGUCAAUGAGGUCAUUGUCAGUACCAGAGAUGAUUUUUUAUGAAGCAUUUAUGCUGACUCCUGUCACUGAGCCAAGUGUGUAGCUACUUUGUGGGUUCUUCUCUCUUCCACCCUAUUUCUUCCCUUUCUACCCCCUAACACUAGAUAGGAGAGAGUCGAGAGAAAGGAAAGUGGGCAGUGUUAUUAGGAGAGAGUCGAGAGAAAGGAAAGUGGGCAGUGUUAUUGUUAGAUGACUUCUUGCUGACUAGGGGGUGUCGAGUUCCUUGGAGCGAUGAUCUUUGCUGCUAGGAUAUCUUAUUUCUUCUUGUUUCUUCCUCUCCCGUGACCACUUCACAAACAGCGACCAACAGCAAACAUCAAACAACCCACGCCGACUCUCGGGGGCCCUAGCACUUAUGUACCUCUGAAAAGUCCCCAGAAAUGCCAAUCAUCACACAAUCACAGAAACUGGCUGCUGCUGGCAAAACUACACCCUGGCUAGAGCAUGAGGCAAAUCGUAAUCAGCUGCUGUGGACAAUCUGAAGCAGCCCCGUAUCCCACACCUGGGAUUAAAGCAAAAACAUUCUUACCUGUGUUGUGUUUUUGUUUUUCUUUUAAGAAACCAAAGUGCACCAUGAUAGCAUGCUGUUGAGAUUGUGAAUGUCUAGAGAUUUUUGGAACAGCAAGUUGAAGGAACUUUCUUACCUGCCUUGAAUGGUGCUUUGAAAUUCCUGCUGACCUGGAGUUUCGGUGUGAAUAUUUCUAUCCGGUGUCCCUUUUGUAGAAAGAACAAUGUCUGCUCUGGGCUUGCAUGCCUGAACACUUUAAAACACGGUGGAGCCAGGAAUGAUGGGACCCACCUGUAAUCCCAGCACCCAGAAGACAGGAGGAACCGGGAGUUCAGGGUUAUCCUGGGCUAUAUACCGUGACCCUGUCUACCCCCACACCCCAAUAAAAAAAACAAAAAGGUCUCCCUGUGGUGCUGGCACCCUUAUUUGGGAGACAUGAGAAAUCUGACAUGUAUUAAUGGUCACUCAUAAGGUGCCUCUUGUCUUCUGGAGUCACAGAUCCAUCCGAGCCCACCUUAGUCUCUAGCUUCACAGAUCUAGAAUGAAGUUCAAGAAUUUGUAACAGGUUUCCUGUGCUGCUGCUGUUCCUCAUAAUCAUCAUCAUCAU